AUGGGUGCUCAGAAGAAAGGCGGCGCUAGGGUUUCAGAGGAUCCCGUGGAGCAGGGUCAUCAACGUUUGCAAGCAAUUCUUCUCGCCGACAGCUUCACCACGAAAUUCCGUCCGGUAACCCUAGAACGCCCGAAGGUACUAUUGCCGUUAGUGAAUGUCCCGAUGAUCGAUUACACCUUGGCGUGGCUCGAAUUCGCCGGGAUUGAGGAGGUUUUCGUCUUCUGCUGCGCUCACUCGGCGCAGAUAAUCGAUUAUCUGGAGAACUCCGAAUGGUCCUCGCACCCAAACUUGUCCGUGAGAACGAUCGAGUCGCAGAAAUCAAUCAGCGCCGGAGACGCUCUCCGUUACAUCUACGAGCAGCAGGCGGAGACUUCCCAGAUUCAAGGCGAUUUCGUUCUCGUCAGUGGAGACACGGUGAGCAACAUGCCACUCGCCGAUUUGAUUAAGGAGCACAGAGAGAGGAAGAAGAAAGACGAGAAAGCCAUCAUGACGAUGGUGAUCAAGCAGUCAAAGCCUUCGCCGAUCACGCAUCAGUCGAGACUAGGAACGGAUCAGCUCUUCCUCGCCGUGGAUCCCAAAACAAAACAGCUUCUUCACUACGAGGAGGACAAAAUCGAUCACGCGAGAGGCAGUGUUUGCUUAGAGAAGUCGUUGCUGCAGAGUGAGCCAUCUCUUUUACUAUACAGCGAUAUGCAGGAUUGCUAUAUUGACAUAUGUUCUCCUGAGGUGCUUAGUCUCUUUGAGGAUAACUUCGAUUACCAGCAUCUGCGUCGUCACUUCGUGAAAGGUGUUCUUGUUGACGAUAUCAUGGGUUACAAGAUCUUCACUCAUGAGAUUGACUCGAGUUACGCUGCUAGGAUCGACAAUUUCAGAAGCUACGACACUGUUAGCAAGGAUAUCAUCCAGAGGUGGACAUUCCCGUAUGUGCCGGAUAUCAAUUUCAGCGGGAAUCGACCUUUAAAGCUCGGGAGGCAAGGGAUAUACAAAGCUUCUGAUGUGGUUCAGUCACGUUCUGCUGAUGUGGGAUCGUCCACUGUCGUUGGAGACGGCACAAAGAUUGGGGACGGGAGUAGAAUCUUGAACUCGGUUAUUGGGAGUGGGUGUUGUAUUGGAUCGAAUGUGGUGAUAGAAGGGUCAUACAUAUGGAACAAUGUGGUGAUAGAAGAUGGGUGUGAGAUAAGGAAUGCCAUUGUGUGUGAUGGUGUGAAGAUCAGAGAAGGGGCUGUUCUUGAGCCUGGUGUUGUUUUGUCUUUCAACGUUGUGGUUGGGAGGGGCUUUGUUGUGCCUGCGUAUUCAAAGGCCUCGUUGCUUCAACAGCCGACUAAGGAAGACAGUGAUGAAGAGCUCGAGUGCGUUGAGAGUAGCAGUGUGGCUGCGGAUCUUUUGGCAGGGUUGAAUUUGGAAAUGGAGGCGAGAGAAUCCGACCUUGGUCCUGAUGGAGCAGGUUACAUUUGGGAGGUGUGUGAAGGAGCUAAUGAUGAGGAGUGGAAGCAUUCCGUUGCGCCGAUCCCAAUGGACAAAGUUGCUGAGAUUAUUCAGGCCAUGGAGGAUGAUGAUGACAGAGAGGAUGAGAGCUGUGUUCCGACUUCUGGAGAGUUGAGAUCUGACGCUGAUAGUAUCAACACUGAUAUGAAUGAUCCCGGUGAUGACGACUACGGUUACUUUGAGAAAGAAGUUGAAGGUACUUUCUUGAGAGCCGUCGAGGAAGGGAUCGUAGUGGAGAAUGUGAUCUUGGAGAUAAACGGACUCCGGUUGUCGUACAACAUGGAGUCUGCGGAUUGUGCCGGAGCAACGUUCUACUCCAUGAUGAAACUUGCGGUUGAUACUCCGCACAACUCUGCUGACGAGCUGUGUAAGAAUGCGGUGAGUAUCAUCACGAAGUGGAAGCGGCUUCUUGGGUUUCAUGUGAAGAAGACUGACGAGCAGAUUGAGGUGAUUAUGAAGUUUGAGGAAAUGUGUCAAGAGACUGCCAAGGAGCUGGGGACUUUGUUCGCGAAGAUUCUUCAUGUGAUGUAUGAGAUCGAUCUGUUGCAAGAAGACGCUAUCCUAAGAUGGGCGGAGGAGAAAGCUGGCGCUGAUGAAGCUGAUAGAGUUUAUCUGCAGCAGUGUGAGGCGUUUAUUCAGUGGCUUAAGGAAGCAUCUGAGGAGGAAGAUGAUGAUGAAGAUGACGAAGAAGAAGAAGAUGCCUGA